CCUCAACAUGGCAAGUACGAGUACAACCAUAAUGGUCACAGAGCCCAAUCUUCAAAAGGCUCGACUAUCCAUCCCCGAAAAGCUAUUGCGGGGACUGGAUCCCGAAUGGGUUGAUCUUUGGGAAACUCAUGGAAGCUCAAUGGUACGGGCAGACGAGGUGAGCAUUGAAGAAUACCGGAACAGUCCGGCGAAGUACAGCUUCACAUAUCCUACGUUUCCAGGGCCGUCCGUUUUUCAUGUUGAGGAUCUGGAGAUCCCUGUUUCACAGCCAGCCGGGGAAAUUACAAUUAGGGUAUAUACCCCAGAGGGCCCUGGACCAUUUCCCGUUCAUUUGAAUUUCCAUGGGGGCGGCUGGGUGCUUGGAAAUCUGAACAGUGAAGCGGCAUGGUGCCGAUAUAUGUGCAACAAGGCUCAAAUCAAGGUCAUUGAUGUGGAUUACCGACUUGCCCCGGAGUUCCCGUACCCGACCAGCAUCUACGACUCUUGGGACGCAGUCAAGUGGACGAUUGCCAAUACCACCAAACUCAACAUCAACCCCUUGAGCGUUUCCAUUGGCGGUCUUUCAGCUGGAGGCCAUAUGUCAGCAGUCAUGGCCCAUUUCGCCCGCAACGAAGGAGUGGACCUCAAGCUCCAGCUACUUAUUGUGCCAGCAACGGAUAUGCGCUAUUGUCUGAGAAAUCGUCCACUCAACAGGGAAACUUGUCCAUAUGAAAGUGUUUUGCUGUAUCAUGAUGCACCGUGGGGACCUCUGGGCAGAGAACAGUGGUUUCUCAAAUACUGGCUAGGCGAUGACAACGAUAAACAAGAGAGAAUCCUGACUCAAGAUUGGAUCUGCACCCCAGUACUGGCUCCUUCAUUUGAGAAUCUCGCACGAGCGCACAUUAUAACGGCGGAAUUUGAUCUCGAGCGGGAUGAAGGCGAGUUCUAUGGGGCUCUCAUGAGAGAGGCUGGAAAUGAGGUCACGAUCAAGCGAUACCCUGGAGUCCCGCACGCCUUUGGCCAAUACAACCACCCCGAUAGAGGGUUAUCCCAGAGCUUUGCGUACAUCGAGGACACGUGCAAAAUUCUCCGGGAAGUCCAUUUCGGAAAGGCUACU